UGGAUCAAUCCGUAUCCGGAUUAUCGAUCCGGAUUGAAACAAAUGUGACAAUCCGUUCAAUCCGGAUUAAAGUAUCUAAUCCGGUUUAAUGUAAACAAAUCUUCAUGGGUUAUUCUAUUAUAGCGAGAAUUGUUAUUGUUCAGAAGUGCUAUUAAUAAAUAUCGUGUUGUGCUUUACGUGAUAUCACAUAUCACGUAGAUAUCAAUUGUACUUUUAUCAAUAUUUAAUAGCAGGCAAAAGGCAUUACGUUAGUAGUACUGUCUUAGUACGUAUCGUAUUAAAAAAUGUCUCAAAGUUGGGCGAGUUUUACGAAAGGCGUUGAUGAAGAGAACAAACAUUUAGUUUUUUGCAAUGCUUGUGGAAAAAGUUUCAAAACUUCAGGGAGUACAGGCACAUUAUGGAAUCACAUGAGAAUUAAACACAAUAUGGAUGGACUUUCUCGUGAUAAACCAAAAAAAAGAUCAUUAGAAGAGGAUGACAAUGAUAGUGAUCAGCAAAAUAAUAGCAUGAAUACUGAACCAUCAACAUCUACAUCAGUAUCAGAAUCUGGAAACUUAGGGGUAUUAAUGCAGCCAAAGAUUACUGAAAUGUUCUUUUCGCCGUCUGUAUCAGCCAAAAGACAAGAGCAAAUUACAGACAGCCUUGUAAAAUUUAUAGCCAAAGAUAUGCUGCCACUAUCAACAGUGGAUGGUGUUGGUUUUAUUGAAUUUAUGAAGAAGAUAUCACCAAAUUAUGAAAUACCAAGUCGGUUUACAAUCAAAAGGAAGAUUCAAGGACUAUACGAGACAGAAAGACAUAAAGUAGCCAAUGAAAUAAAAAACAUAGACUCAAUAGCACUAACUACUGACUGUUGGACCAGUAAAGCUAUAGAGUCUUAUAUAACAGUUACGGCACAUGGCAUUAAUAAAAAUUGGAAAAUGGUCAAUUAUAUUAUUACAACUGAAUUAAUGGAUGAGCGACAUAUCAGUAUAAAUUUAAAACAAAAAUUAUUGGAUAUUAUGAAGGAAUGGGAAAUUGAUACAAAAACUAUGUGUAUUGUGCAUGACAAUGCGGUAAAUAUUAAGAAUGCCGUUACUGCAAUGGCUCCNGCAUAA